CCGCAGUGCGCGCGGCGCCCGCCCGCGCCCGCAGCGCCACCCCCUGUCUGGGGACCCGCUCGGGGUCCGCGGGGCGGGGCCAGCCUCUCACCGCCCCUGGGUCCGCUCAGGGCCCGGCUCCCACCGCCUGGUCUCCCUCUUGCUUGGAGAGGCUCAGGACCCCCGCAGCGCCCCGUCCCCCCCCCUCCUGAGCCCGGCCAGGUUGACGUUGGAUUCUGAUCAGCACCUCCACCCAACUGUUAGGGAAAUCCUUUCUCCUUACAUUUCGAGACCCCACAAUGACCACGUGGAAGGGGGACCUGCGAGUGUCCCCCUCCCCGCACCUGCUUUGCUACCCCCAGGGGCUCUGUGGGUGCCUGAGUCCUCUGCUCCCCGCUGUGCCCAGGACCCGCCUACUCCGAGAGAUGAGAAUGGGCGGUCGAGAGAUGUGCCAGAGCAUGGGCCGGGGCUGAGGACCCCAGGAAGGUGGGUGGGGGAGCACGGGCACGCGGAAGGUUGGAGUGUUUGGCAGGCCACGUGCUGGGCGGAGGCCUGCCUGCCGACGAUAGUCACCUGCUUGGGCAGGGCUGCCCUGGCAUCCCGUCGGGAAAGCACGCGCGCCCUGUCACGUCAUGCCGUGUGCUAACCUGACCCACCGGUGGGGAGCCCCAUUCUUUUCUGCUCCCUCCUCCUGGCCUCUCUGGCCUAGCUACACCCCUGCCUGUGGGCGCCUACGAGGGAGCAGGGGAACGAGGUCAAACUGGCGACUGCAGGCUAGGGGGGCCUCCAGAGUGUCAUCUCUUGCCCUGCCAGGCUACCGUGGCAUGUGGCCACCCCCCUGCCUGCACUGGACCCUGCACGGAACUGGGCACCCUAGCGCCCCUUAAGGCCGCAGCCCCUCUGUCCUUUACACUGCGUUCCUGGGGAGCUAAACAGGGCCCGGCUGGGUGGCACCGUGGGAACCCAGGCGGCAUCUGGGCUGAUUCAGCGAGGGCAGGUGUGUGGGAUGUCCCUGAGCAAGAGCGCCUCGGGAGGGGCGGCGGGCACGACAGGGGCCACCAGCGGGGAAGGCGGCGGAGGAGGUCCGGAGCCCACCGGGUCCUCUGCUCACUAACCCUAACCCUAACUGGCCCUCCUGCCCCGCUGGGAGGGAACUGGCCUUAGGCCCCGCCCCUUGCCCGAGGCCCCGCCUCAGGGACAAGCCCCGCCCCGCCGAUCGGAACCGGGUGUCCAAACCGGGUCUUUGGGAAACCCUGAAACGCAGCGCGGAGGCUUCUGGGGAAUAAAGUUCCCCGGAACGCGGCCGCCUCGCUCGCGCUUGCGCCGGCUCCGCCUCUCAGCGAGGGCCAGGGGUGGGACUUGCACGGCGGGGGCGGUGCUUCCUGCGCCUGCGCAGUAAGUCCUGGUCCCCUACGCCGGCGGCGGUCUGAAGGCCCGCUGUACCCCGGGGACAGGUCUCAGGAGCGUGUAUCAGGGUCGCUCUAGCCAGCUACACGCAGGCCGUCCCGGUCACGCUGGCUGCGGCCGCAUACAGUUUGGUUCCGCCUUCCUGGGGCUUCCCAGCAUGCGAGGAAUGCCGGUCGCUGUUGCGCAGGGGACCCCCACGAGUGUCAGGCUCGGCGUGGUGUUUGCACCGUUGUCACUCCACAGCGACCCCGGGAGGGGCUUGGCCUGCAAAGAUGGGGCGCAGGGCCGGGAGCGUUCCCCUAGCCCCUCUUCCCGAAAAAGGUCACUUGUGACUGGAGCGCUUGUGACCAACUCUGGAAUCAAUGAGAUUUAUCCACGAAGGUGUAUCGAUCAUUAUUUAUUACUUACAAAAGUAAUGCCUCCCCCCAAAAGAAAGAAAAGUGAUAUCCCCAGCACCCUAGCCUUGGUAGUGGUGGUGGUGAGGCCGGGUCAGGGAGGAGCCCUGCCCCUGCCUGGGCCUUUCGGGAGUGAGGGUGAGCAGGGCCCGUGGAAUCUGGGCCUAGACCCACUUCCUUCCUGGGUCCAUGACCCAAGGCCUCCUUGUUGAGCCACGGCCUGGAUUCGUGGUCACUGAGUGAGCUGCUUGGCAGCUGUGGCUGCCGCCCACCUGAGGACCAGGGGUGGGACCGCUACUGUGCUCCAGGGGCUGCAACCCCAGCCUUGAGUCCCGCCCCAGAACCACACCCUUCCCUAGGAGGGAAAAGGCAGCUGCUCGCUCCACACACAGGCACUGGGAGGACAGACGCUGCUGCUGCUGCCGCCACUGCAGACUCUUGGACAGCGGCCCUGCCCUUGAGACAGUGUCUGUGUCUGCCUGCCCCACAGCCUGGCAUGGAUCCCCACGAGAUGAUCGUCAAGAACCCAUAUACCCACAUCAGCAUCCCCCGGGCUCAACUGCGGCCCAACCUGGGGCAGCACUUAGAGGAAGUUUCCUCCUCAUCUUCGUUCCCGGAGACUCAGCUUCCGCCCACAGUGACCUGCACCCCAGGGCCAACCCGCAUCCUGCAGCCUAUUGAGGCUGAUGUGCCCAAGGGGGCCAAGGGGGCCAAGGGGGCCAAGGGGGCUGUGCCCAGUCAGAGCCAGCAGUCCUGGGAGCAGCCCUGCAAUCCCUAUGGCAGUGGGCAGCGCCCAGCAGGACUGACCUAUGCUGGCCGGCCACCCAUGGGUCGCGGUGACGACAUUGCUCACCACUGCUGCUGCUGUCCCUGCUGUUCGUGUUGCCACUGCCCGCCAUUCUGCCGCUGUCACAGCUGCUGCUGUGUGAUUCUCUAGCCCACCCAUUGUGGGGCACUGGCCUCUGCUUGUGGCCAAGGUGGUGCUGGACAUUAGAGGCAACCAUUGUCACAGAAUCUGGCAACUUCCUGCCCUGGACAAGGACACUGUCCAUGUGACAGGCUGCUGGCCCUUUGGAGCAGUCAUGGGCACUGGCCAUAACCCUGGCUGCAGGGCCCAGGCAAUAAAGCAGGGUGAGCUUUGUACCAGCGACUGGUUCUUUUGGCUGGGCCCUUUGGGAGGGUGUCCUGGACCAGUCAGCUGUAUCUGCCCCCAAGCACACAUGUAUCCAUGCGUGCACACACACACACACACUGUCCCCAGCUUCACUGGACCUCUCAGGCACCAGCAAGCCCCUGCUUAGUGACAUCUCCACUUAACCUGCCCGACAGGUCUCAGGUUUGUCUGGGGGUGGUGAGGGGAUGGGAGACAGUCCACCACCCCAGUCAAGACUACACGCAUGGGCCAAGGCUGGGACAGUGGAUGGCAAGCCCUGGGGCUGAUCCCCAUGGCAUAUAGCAGGGGAUGCCACACAUGACACCCAGGAGCCCCUCAAGAGGCCUCCAGCAGGUUGGCAGGAUGGUGCCAGUGGGGCUGGUGACACAGGUUUCAGGGAGUGGAACAGGAUGAGCCUGGCCCACUGAGUCAUCUCCCAGCCUUGGUCAGACAUUUUUCGGCUGCUUUCCUCUGGGCUGGCUUCCUGGAGGAAGGGCCUGGAUCAGGCCUUGAAGGCCAGACCAGGAAGGGGCUGGAAGAGGAGCCCAAGUGUCUGAGAGUAUCUGGUAAGGCCAUCGGACACGUGCUGAGCUGCUCUGGGAUGCCAGGGCAGGGAGUGUGUGGGGAGCUGGCAUUUCCAGAGCAGGGUAGACACAGCACUGUGUGGAGGUGGGAGCAGAGCUGGCCUUACAGGACAGACGGGUCCUCCUGUGGCUAGCUGUCCCCUGACACAUCGUGCCUGGCCACAAGGCAGGGAAGGGCUGUGUAACAGGUGGAGGUCCAGGGUGCGGGGCAGGCAAGUCAUUGCUGGACUCCUGACCGGGCUCUUGGGGCCACCCUGCCCAGCCUGAGACAUGAACCUGUCUGACCAGUCCUGCAGGCCAACUGGGGUGUGCUGUGGGGGGGUGCAUAUGCAUGACCACUCUACCCUCAUCUUCCUGUGGGGCUGUGGAGGGUUUGAGAGGCCCCUGCCAGCCCGUCCCCAUCCCCUGGCUCUCCCAAGUCUGCUCUGCCCAUGACCAGAGCAGGGGGCACCCUGGCUGCACAUCCGAGAAUUCUAGCCCACUGCCCACUGGGAUGGCCCUUGUGAGGGAAUUGAGAUGCCACGCACAGUACGUGAGCGCCAUCUGGGGCCAGGAUGGGAACACCACAGCCCUGGUGAGGACGCCAGAGCCCUGCCACCGGGACAAAGAUGAGGCCUGCUGCAGAGGAGCAGGGGCUGGGCCCUGUGCCAGUGGGGCAGGAAGGUAUCCUGGAGGAGCUUACGUGCCCUAGGGCUGCAGGAUGGGCACUACCAGCCAAGACAGGAAGAGUGUGAUGGAGUGGACAUGGAAGGAAAGGGAACCUUU